CUACGAAAUUGUCUCAUCGAAAUGAAAAUCUUGUUGGUAGCUGCAUUGCCAAUCGAUUACGAAAACAGUACAAUACAUCCGUUACCGUUCAAGUCGAGUACUGCGAAUCGAGUAAUAAGGCGUCGCUUGAUUGGUUGGAAAUGGUUUUCAUUGGCAUCUGCAUUGCAAUUUUUGGUCUGACUGUGUAUGCAUCAUUCAACAGGAAAUCAUCAAAGUCUAAUGGAUCUACAGAAAUUAAUCUGGUGAAUUCCUUCGCUAUUCAACGAUCUUGGAGAAACUUUUGGUACCUUCCAACCAGCAAAACGCACCAGGACUUCCAAUACAUAGAAGGCGUUCGAGUUCUAACCUGUCUGACGAUCGUAUUCAUGCACACCAGAUAUGAACCGCUCAUGCUGCCGACCUCCCAUCCGGACAAGCUUAAGUUGUCUCUCCUGGGAAAAUUGGGAAAUGUGAUGACUCCAACCACCGUGCAGAUUUUCUUCACCAUGAGUGGUCUGCUGAUGGCAGUAAACUUCUUUUCGGAAGCGAAAAAACAGCCAGUGACGUGGCAAUUCUUGCGAAACAAGGUGGUGAACCGGUUGAUCAGAUUCCUUCCGGUUUACGUGCUGUGGAUACUUUUCACCGGUUCGGUAUACGGCAUAUUGAGUAGCGGCCCGAUGGCUUAUCACACGCUCAAAGCGCACAGUUUGCCGUGCCGUAACCUCUGGUGGGCCAACCUGGUGUUCGUUAACAAUCUCCCUAUCCAGGACAACUUCUGCAUGAUUCAUGCGUGGUACUUGGGAGCUGACAUGCAGAUGUUUUUGGCCUCCCUUGGAUUGCUUACGUUGAUGUGGCGGUUCCCAAAAGCUGUUCCCAAGCUGUUGCUAGCUGGAGCUAUUGGCUCCGCUGUGAUCAUGAUCUGUGUUUCGUACAAACACGCGUUGGACCCAGUAUUUAGGCUUGGACUUGAUGACGUGCUGAUUGGGCUUUUGCUGUUCAAAUGGUUGCGUUUUCUCUACAUGCCCGGAUAUACGAAUUUGUGGUCAUAUCUAAGCGGAAUCAUCGCAGGGUAUGCGUAUGUUACCCUCAGCAAUGGUGGAUAUGAUUUCCGUGACACUAAGACCUACAAAUUUGUACGAGCCCUAUCAACAAGUCUGGUGGUAGCCGUGCCGUUGAUCUCCCUAGCCUUCUUCGACGUUACCUACGACCUGCGACCCUCACUUUGGGUGGCACUGAUGACCACGAUUACACGGUGUUACGUCCCAUUAUUCGUAGCGGUGCGUUUUGUUGAGAAAAUUGCCCGUCCAGUAAAUUCAACCCGGAAGCUUCUGAGUAAACCGGCGUUCUGCUAUCUCGGGAAGUUGUGCUACAUAGUCUACAUCAUUCACUAUAGUAUUAUAAAGAUGCUGUUCAGCCGAGAUGAUCCAAACGCGAUGGUGGAUAACGUCAAGCUUUGGGAACGAUUUUUCAUUGCAACGGUGUCGUCAAUUGGAGUAGCGUUUUUGAUCUAUCUGCUCGUGGAGCAGCCUUUGGGAGCUUUUCUUAGGGCGAAGCUUAUUAGGAUUAAUAAAACGAAAAAGAUUCAAUAAAAAA